GUUGCCUUUGGCGCCAAACCAGAGAGAGAUUUUAGAAGAGGCGAAAUGGUUCAGUUGUGUUUCGUUCUGGAUCUGCGGAGCUUGGCACCUCCAUUGCUGAGAGACAUAAAGCAGUCGCUGCUUCAACUCGCUAAUUUUUACGCCAUUUCGAGUUCGUCCAAGUCGCACGUGCGUAAAUCGGCCACGCUCGGCGAUAAGAUCGGUUUGUGCUACGUCUUCAAGAAUCGUUUAUCUUCUUCUGAUGAGUUGAUGAUCGCGUACAAUCCCGUAGGAAACUUCAUCCUACGUGAUUUCCACCAUGCUGUUAACAACUUGCCAUACGAUGCUUUUCAGCCUGAUAUUGAUAACAUUUCAGAUUCAAUGAUUUCAAAUGUUUUGAGUGAUCGAGUGUUGUAUUCCUGGCAAGGCAAAGAUAUAGAGAGAAAAGUAAUUGUCAUAACUUCGACCUUGCCUGAAGAUGUGGACUCUGUAGUGCAGAAGAAUCUAAUGGAUGCUGCAGAUAAAUGUGUAUCGGUUGAUUUUGCUGUAUUUCAGCAGAAGUCAAGCCAUCUGACAGAUACUCGUGAAAACAUCAAUAAUUUUCGUCGUUGCAUUUCUCAUCUUGAUAAUUGCUCUGUUCAGACCUAUAUCCCAGAUUUCAGAGUAUUCCACGGCCUGGUUAAAAAAUGGCUGCAGAUUUUGAAAGAUGACAUGGAGGAGCCGCUGUUAGCUCGCCUCAUCUUCAAGGACAAUCUUUUUGAAUCUGUGAACCAUAUAUUCUGCAACCUGUUUUCACCAGUGUAUCCAAUAACCAACAACUUCAGGCAGUGUCGGACAUGCAGAUGCCACGGUAUUCCUUUAGAUGCUGAAAAAAAUUUCAGCAGACUUUCUUGCUCCGUUGCUGGCUGCAAUCUGGAAACAUUCGAUGUUAUUGAAAAUUCUGUUCAAGUUGGGGAAAAAACUAUUCUGUUUCUUCCUUCAUUCUAUAAUUCCCUGAAGCUCCAGCAAAUCACUUCGCCAAUCAACAUUAAUGUAACUGAGAGGAUAAAUUUGGCAUCUGUUGAUGAAGGUCUUAUAAUCGGGGCCUCAUUUGUUGUGGUAUCAUACUCUUAUCAUGUGAUUGAAACCACUUCAGAUGAUACUGAUCAGUCUGAAGUGAAUGUUCAACGUGUGUAUAAAAUCCACUCCCACUUUGAAAUUCUAUUUAAGUGUCACUGUUACUCUUGCAUUGCUCUCAUUCAAUUUAUAUUGGUCCAAUACUUCACAAAGUUUACAUUCCAUUAUGGCUCUAAUUUAGCAGUUUUUCGAGGCCUUUCCAGCUUUCUACACUCCAUGAACCAAGGUUUGAUAUGCUCUUCAAAUUAUGAUUUGGAAACAAUGGCAGAGGCUCCAUGUCAUUGCUAUUAUAUUCUGAUGCCAUCAGAUUCAGGACCAAUGCUUAUGAGGCGUCUAGCAGGGGCAGAAGAAGUCCUAGGAGUUCCUGACAAUCGAUCUGUUGAUUCAUCAAUCAAUAAGGAAAUUGCGAACUCUGUUCAAGCCUGUCUGCUAAAGAUUGAUCUAACGGACUAUGACCCAUUGCUGCAUGAAAGAGGCUUUCAUCAAAAAUUAAAUGUGCUUGUCAAAGAAAGCCUUCAAUUUGGGUCAAUGUUUUCUAAAUUAGAAGGUUCAUUUUCGGAACUAAGCUCAAGUCCACAACCUUCGUCUGAGGUGAUCGUUAAAGCAGAACCAGCCACAGGUGUCCUGGUGAAUGAGGAAGCUUUGACAUUGGAUAUAGCGGAUCAAGAAGAGAAGACCAUGGCCUGUAUUACAGAAGAAUGGAAGCAAUUGGUUGUAAGUGAAGACCCCAAGUUGUACUCUCCAUCUUGUAUGUCCAAAGCCAAGUUGGGUCAAUCGAGUGCGUGUGUAUCACCGCGAGAUGGAAAUAAUAGACAGCUAGACAGAGAAACUUCAAGGAUUCUGGAGAGGUUGGAGGUUCCGAGGCCAUUAAAAGCAAAGAGCAUCUCACCUGGUUCAAAUGAAAAUUGCACGAAAAAUACUAGUGUGCCCAUAAAGAAGCCUCUUAUACCAUUUCAGCCAACUCAAGGUACAGAACAAGUCUUUGUUGGUAGCCAGCUAAUAAAACCUAAUUUCCAGAGGCUAAAAAGGAAACAUAGAUGAAAAGAAGGCAACUCCACGUUUCACGUAAACGUAUCUUCAGAAAGUCGAUAAGGUUAGUCUAUUUCUUUCCUCUUUUGAGUUCUGUUGCAAGUGAUUUUUUUAUGUAACCUGCUUAAGCUAAUCAUUGAACAGUUUUAAGGGGCAAGAAGUAUGCAAAUGUCUAAAAAUUAAUGCUCAUUUAAGCUUACUGAACAUAUUAACAGAUCUUUGAAUCAUUAAGUCUAUCACUAAACAUAUUAAUAAAAUCACGUCUUUAGAGACUGUUGCACUUACAACAGUUAAACAUAAGUGUUAAUGAGUUGGAAUAACCUUGAUAAAUUAGUUUGGUGUCCAGUUGAUUCCUUCAAACUUUUAUUGUUUGGAUAGCUAGUCUUAAUU